UUUUUUUUCUGCUCUAUCCUUAAUUAUUGCGUGAAUCGGCUUUUCCUGGCACAAAAGGGUAACAGGAAAAGGAGAAGCUAAAUAUAGAGUCAAGACAACAUUUACACAUAUUUAAUACAUCCCCCCUUCCCUUUUCCUUUCUUUCUUAUUUAUUCUAAAUGGCACCUCCAGAAAUAGCUGAUUCAUUUGUCUUUAUGGACGAUGAAGAAACAUCCUAUCAUUCACGAAGAUAUUCUCAAUCGCAUGCAGUUUCUUCGGCAACGGAAACACUGACAACGCCCUAUCAUCGUGGCCGAUCUUUUUCGACAUCGUCCAUUGAUCCAUCGACGUUGGCUGUACAGAUCAUAUCAUCCGUCAACAACAAAUUAAAAGGAGAAAACGAGAUACCAGACGAUGUAGAGAUCUGUGAAGUGACAAGAGCCCUUUUAUUGGGCGCUCAACGAUUGUUGCUUAUUGAAGAGUUACCCAAGGACAGAAGAGAGAACCAGUAUGUGCUCUCAGGCUAUCGUUUCUACAAGUCAGCAAACGACUGUCUAAAGUCUUUGUUCAAGCUACACAAUGAAACAAUGAACAUCUGGAGCCAUUUGCUGGGGUUCAUUUUCUUUAGCUUUCUUUCAGUCAGUGUCUUUCAGAGAAAAUUCCCUGAGGCUUCAGCUCAUGACCUCUUGAUCUUUACUGCAUUCUGUUUUGCGUCUCUCCUCUGUUUACUCUGUUCAUCCAUCUACCAUACCUUCAUCUGCCACGCCGCUCAUCAUGUUAAAAGCUUUACAGCUACCCUAGACUACAUCGGCAUCACCUUUUUGAUUACUGCUUCGAUCUGUAUUAUUGUUCAUUUUGGAUUUUACUGCGACCCGACCUCGAGGAAUAGGUACAUGAUCUUUAGCUGUCUGAUCGGAAGUAUUGGUGUCAUCUUGCCUUUUUUCCGAUUCUUUGACACCAAAAGAUACAGGCCUUUACGCAUCGGUUUAUUUGUCGCCAUGGCCUUUUCAAGUAUCGUCCCUCUCUUACAUAUGAUCACUGCCAAGGGUUGGGCCGAAUCGUUCGAGUUUUUGAAACCGGCAUUACUUGGAUCCUUGAUGUAUCUCUGUGGUGUUACAAUCUAUGCCAAACGAUUCCCUGAAAAGUUUUUCCCUGGCAAAUUUGAUUUGAUGGGUAUGACAAGCCAUGCGAUUUGGCAUAUCUUUGUUUGCUUGGGUAUCUUUUUUUAUUAUCUCGGCUCAUUUCAUUUCUACAGCCUACGUGAAUCUUAUGGAUGCAUGGUCUGAUUGAUUAUUUAUUUCUGCAUUCUCAUUAUUGUAUAAAGACCCCCAAAAAAGGUUGCAUCAGAGAAAUAGAUCCUUGAUGGAGCUAUUUUUCCAAUUCGUAAAUAAAGCAUUCUCCCCCCUCUCUCUCUUUUAUUCAAUCACACACAUGAGUAACGACUGACUCAAUCUAUCGUCAUGAGUUAUCAAUCAGCCCCUCUUCUUCUUUUUAUAUAUCCGUGUGACUCUAUGAUUGUUCCACAAUAAUGACUGCGUAAAAAUGGUAUCUUUAAUG